AUGUCUUGCCCGCAUUUCAUUUUUUUUCAUUUUUUUUGUUUGUUUCUUUGCAUUUCUUUUUUAGCCUCCCAUAAUGUCUUCCCUGCAUUUCAUUUUUUCAGUCUUUCUUGCAUUUCUCUUCUGUUAGCCACCCAUCAUGUCUUGCCCGCAUUUCAUUUUUUCAGUCUAACUUUCAUUUCUCUUCUGUUUUUUUCCAUUUGUUUCUUGCAUUUCUUUUUUUUAGCCUCCCAUAAUGUCUUCCCUGCAUUUCAUUUUUUCAGUCUUUCUUGCAUUUCUCUUCUUCUAACUUGCAUUUAUCUUCUGCUUUUUUCCAUUUCUUUCUUGCAUUUCUUUUUUUUAGCCUCCCAUAAUGUCUUCCCUGCAUUUCAUUUUUUCAGUUUUCUUUUUUCUCUUCUUCUAACUUGCAUCCAUUUUUUUUUUCCAUUUCUUUCUUGCAUUUCUUUUUUUUUUAGCCUCCCACUUCAUUGCAUUUCAUUUUUUCAGUCUUUCUUGCAUUUCUCUUCUUCUAACUUGCAUUUAUCUUCUGCUUUUUUCCAUUUCUUUCUUGCAUUUCUUUUUUUUUUAGCCUCCCAUAAUGUCUUCCCUGCAUUUCAUUUUUUCAGUCUUUCUUGCAUUUUCUCUUCUUCUAACUUGCAUUUAUCUUCUGCUUUUUUUCCAUUUUCUUUCUUGCAUUUCUUUUUUUUUUUAGCCUCCCAUAAUGUCUUCCCUGCAUUUCAUUUUUUCAGUCUUUCUUGCAUUUCUCUUCUUCUAACUUGCAUUUAUCUUCUGCUUUUUUCCAUUUCUUUCUUGCAUUUCUUUUUUUUAGCCUCCCAUAAUGUCUUCCCUGCAUUUCAUUUUUUCAGUCUUUCUUGCAUUUCUCUUCUGUUAGCCACCCCCAUCAUGUCUUGCCUGCAUUUCAUUUUUUUAUCUUUCUUCCAUUUCUCUUCUUACAGCUUCUCAUCAUGUCUUGCCUGCAUUUCAUUUUUUUUUAGUCUAACUUUUUCAUUUCUCUUCUGUAAUUUUCCCUGCAUUUCAUUUUUUCAUUUUCCUUGCAUUUUUUUUUUUAGCCCCCCACCCAAUGUCUUCCCUGCAUUUCAUUUUUUUUCAGUCUUUUCUUGCAUUUCUCUUCUUCUAACUUGCAUUUAUCUUCUGCUUUUUUCCAUUUCUUUCUUGCAUUUCUUUUUUUUAGCCUCCCAUAAUGUCUUCCCUGCAUUUCAUUUUUUCAGUCUUUCUUGCAUUUCUCUUCUGUUAGCCACCCCCAUCAUGUCUUGCCUGCAUUUGAUUUUUUUUAGUCUAACUUGUUUUAUCUUCUUCUGCUUUUUUCCAUUUCUUUCUUGCCCAUCUUUUUUUUUAGCCUCCAUAAUGUCUUCCCUUCAUUUCAUUUUUUUUCAGUCUUUCUUCCAUUUCUCUUCUCCCCAUCAUGUCUUGCCUGCAUUUCAUUUUUUAGUCUUUCUUGCAUUUCUUUCUGUUAGCCCCCAUCAUGUCUUGCCUGCAUUUCAUUUUUUUAGUCAGUUUAUCUUCCUUUUUUUUUCAUUUCUUUUUUUCUUUUUUUUAGCCUCCCAUCAUGUCUUCCCUGCAUUUUUUUUUUUCAGUCUUUCUUGCAUUUCUCUUCUGUUAGCCCCCCCAUCAUGUCUUGCCUGCAUUUCAUUUUUUAGUCUAACUUGCAUUUAUCUUCUGCUUUUUUUCCAUUUUUUCUUGCAUUUCUUUUUUUUUUUAGCCUCCCAUAAUGUCUUCCCUGCAUUUCAUUUUUCAGUCUUUCUUGCAUUUCUCUUCUUCUUUCUUCUUCUUCUUUCUUUCUUUGCAUUUCUCCUUGUCCUCCUUUCUGUCUUCCCUUUUUUUUUUUUUCAGUCUUUCCUUCUUUCUCUUCCUUGGAUAUUUUUCUUGUCUUUCUUUUUUUUUUUUUUUUUUUUUGUAUUCUUCUUCUGUUUUUUUCAUUUUCUUUUUUCAUUUCUUUUUUUUCCUCCUGAAUGUCUUUCUUUUGUUUUUUCAUCUUUCUUCAUUUCUCUUCAUUCUUUGUUCUUGUUACUUUCUUUUUUAGUCUACUUUCUUUUAUCUUCUUCUUUUUCUUCUUCUUCUUCUUCUUCUUUUUUUAGCCUCCCAUCAUGUCUUGCCCUUAUUUCAUUUUUUUAUCUUUCUGCUUCUUCUCUGUAUGAGCUACUCUCCUUGUCCUCCUUUCUUUCAUUUCUUUUUUUUUUUACUCUUCCCUCUUUGUCUUCCUUGGAUAUUUUUUUAGUCUUUCUAUUUUUCUUUUUUUUUUUUUUGUAUUCUUCCUGCAUGUUCUUUUUUCAUUUUCUUUUUUCCUUCUUAUUUUUCCACCUGAAUUCUUUCUUUGUAUUUUCAUCUUCUUCUUCUGCUCAUUCUUUGUUCUUGUUACUCUCUUUUGAUCACUGUUCUUUACUUCUUCUUCUUCUUCUUCUUCUUCUUCUUCUUCUUCUUCUUCUUCUUAUUAUUAUUAUUAUUAUUAUUAUUAUUAAUUUCUUUCCUUUUUUUGACUCACCUCAUCUUUGA